AUGAAUCCACAAUCUGUUAAUUUAACCGAAUCGCUGAAUGAGGAGCCAACACCUCAACUGGCCCCGUUGGAGGUUACCUUCGGCGUGUUGACAGCUCUGACAUUCGUUUUGAUUCUGACUCUCAACCCGAUAUGCCUUGUGGUGCUUCAUCGCGCCAGCGGCAUCCAAGAAACGACCAAGGUGUUCAUGGCUUCACUCACCGUGUCUGAUAUCUGCGUCGGGCUGUUGUGGCUGCUCCCGCAGCUAACACAAGAUUUCAACGGGGAAUGGGUGUUGGGUUCUUUCCUGUGCACCGCCUGGGGUGUUUCAUUUCCACUUCCUGCUGGACUGGGUGUCCUUUCGCUUGUUCUCCUGACAAUGGAUCGCUUUGUUGCUAUCGUCUACUCGCUGCGCUAUCCGACACUGAUGACUUUGAAGAAAGCAAAGAUAACUGUCGCCAUCACGUGGAGCCUGGCAUUGGCAUUCUGCAUAAUUGUAUUUGGCAUCCUUUUACCGAGUGCCAUAUCUCCGGUGGAACCCCGUAACUGCGGUCUCAAGUCAUCAGACUACACAGGGUUUUUUGAUGGGAUCAUUGUGGUCAUAUUUGCAAUCUCCCUUAUAACAAUUUUCAUCCUCUACAUGUACAUUCUUAAAGUUGCCCGUCAGCAGGCACGUCGCAUCGCCGCCCAGAAUCAGAUCAAUGUUGAUAGGGGUGAUCGGAGGGCUCCGCAGAGAGUCAGUACAAAAUCGGCUACCACGGUGUUCAUCAUAACCAUGACGGUCUGCAUAUGCUGGACCCCGGCCAUCCUCUUAAGUGCGACUAAAACAAUCGUUGGAGAACUGCGGUUCUUUAAGUUUCACUUAAUUACAAACUUGAUCUUUAUCACCAACAGUUGGCUGAAUGUUGUCAUUUACUAUCUGAGGAACAGGGAGCUUCGGAAAGCCCUGCACGAGUUGCUAGCUUCAUGCUUUCGCCAGCAAUUCUAA